ACAAUCACUGCGCACGCGCCUUUUGCUUAUCAACCUGGAAGGCAGGGCAGGCUGGAGGAGCGCCGGAAAGCAACACUAGUCUAGUAGUAGGCAGUCCUGGAGGACCCGGAGGCUGAGGAUCGGCCGGAGGUGCCGGAGGACGACGAGGAUGAUGAGGAGACAUUGCCCCAUUCCGAGGCUGUGGACGUGUUCCAAGAAGGUCUCGCCAUGGUGGUGCAAGACCCGCUGCUCUGCGACCUUCCGAUCCAGGUUACUCUAGAAGAGGUCAACUCCCAGAUUGCACUGGAAUAUGGCCAGGCGAUGACUGUCCGUGUGUGCAAGAUGGAUGGAGAGGUAAUGCCUGUGGUCGUCGUACAGAAUGCCACGGUCCUGGACCUGAAGAAGGCUAUCCAGAGAUACGUGCAGCUCAAGCAGGAGCGGGAAGGCGGCGUUCAGCACAUCAGCUGGUCCUAUGUAUGGCGGACAUACCAUCUGACCUCAGCUGGGGAGAAGCUCACAGAGGACAGGAAGAAGCUCAGAGAUUAUGGCAUCCGGAACCGAGAUGAGGUUUCCUUUAUCAAGAAGCUUAGGCAAAAGUGAACACCAGACACAGUGAUCUGACCUGUCCCAGCAAGAUGGCGCCCUCCGCUUGACCUCAAGGGAAAGGGUGUUGGGGGUAGCUGCAUCCCUGGAAUGCCCAGGUGGAGCUGUCAGCGUGAGCCCUGGGACCCUCGGAUUGUGGAAAAUUCCUCUGCCCUUUACUUUCCUUUGAACUUGGCCCAAAGGUCCUAUGUGGUUGUGGGCCUGGCUUAUAGAAUAAAUGUGUUUGCUUUGUGUCUUGUAAAAAUCAGAAA